CCUCUUACUAAAGAAGGAAACAAACAUCCAUCCAGAAGGAAGGAGAGACGGAGAGAGAAAGGAAGAGAGGAAGGAGGGUGCGGAAGGGAGAAAUAAACCCGAAAAGACCUGCCUGAGACGGGGGACGACACCACAGAAACACCAGUAGAGAGUAAAAGGGACAUUACUGGGACCUGGAACCCUUCGACCUAUUUUCGUCUGCCAGGAUAACACCUACUAUCCUUGUCAUCUCUCAAGAAACUUCAUCGAUUUUUAGCAGCUAUGGCCCAAGAGACGAACCAGAGCCCGGUGCCCAUGCUUUGUGCCACAGGCUGUGGUUUCUAUGGCAACCCUAGAACCAAUGGUAUGUGCUCUGUUUGCUACAAGGAACACCUGACGCGGCAGCAGAGCAGCGACCGCAUGAGCCCCCUCAGCCCGAUGGGCUCCGUCGGUAGUCCUACCUCAGAGGCCUCAGCCAUCCAGAGACUAGAAGCCAGUCUAGCAAAGGUUGAUGCCUCCCCUGCCUCUUCACCAGACAUGUCUAGAACUGUUCAAGGAUCUCUUCCUGUGACUCAACAAAUGACAGAGAUGAGCAUUUCGAGAGAGGACAAGCCAGAACCCUUAGAGCCUGUUGUUAGCCAGCCUGCUGCUUCUAGUCCGACUCCUGUAGCCUCUUCGAGCAGUGAAGAAAACAAGGGUGACACCCCCAAACCCAAGAAGGCUAGAUGCUUUAUGUGUCGCAAAAGGGUGGGCCUUACAGGGUUUGACUGUCGCUGUGGCAACCUGUUCUGUGGCAUCCACCGGUACUCGGACAAGCACAACUGCCCCUAUGAUUACAAGGCCGAGGCUGCUGCCAAGAUCCGCAAAGAGAACCCUGUGGUGGUGGCUGACAAGAUCCAGAGAAUAUAGAUGUGAAAAACAAAAACAGCUUUUGCGGCAUCGAUAAUAACAACUUUGACAAAGACUGGAGUAUGAGUGUGAACAUUUAAAAAAAGAGCACCGGAACGGGUGGCUAUGUGAGGAUCGAAAGGACUUGAUUUAUAAAAUAACAACCUCAAGAAAAGAUGGAAAAAAGAAGAAAAAAAGAUCCUGUCUGAGGGAAAUGCAUGAAUGAUCACUUCUCUUUUUUUUUUUUUCUCAAUUAAUUCAUUAGUUUGUUUUAUUCUGUUUUCUGUGGUGUGACUUUGCCGCUGUUCAGUCCUUUUUUUUUUCUAAGAAAAUGUAUUGUCUUAUUAAGAGCAGCCCAGGUUAAUUGUCCAGGAUAUGCUGUGCUCCUCACCCAAACCAGGCGCCAUUUUGUGCCAAACCGUGGAAAACCAUUUUACUCAGAGCCUGUCGCGUGUCAGACACUGGCAGGUCUUUUUAACCAUUCAGACCACACAGUUACAGUCCACCCGAGUUGUGUCCCUCGACCUUUUUAGAAUUUUGAUCUGCGCUCCAUUGGUACUGGAGUCAGUCAGUGUUUGGAGAACCGUACAACUGUCCCCCACCGCGCACAAGGGGCUUUGUUACUUUGUCUCUGUCUCUCCUAGCUUAACCUACCUCACAGCUGCUGUGUUAAACUUAUUGUCUUCCCUUUUACUUAGUUUUCAUCAGCUUCGACCCCAGCAGAUCAUCUUGAUAGGCAGCCUCAGUGACCCCUCUGAUCAGCAUGUCUGUGUUGACUUUGAUCGGUUUGAUUGUGAUGAGGCUGCUCCAUUAUGGCUGGAGGUAUCAUGCUAGACAGGGACAAACAAAUGACUCCAUUCACUGGACUCUGAACAUUUACGAUGGUGGUGAUGGAUAAAGGAGCUCUGUGCUCAUGUUUUAAGACGCCUGGUGCAGGGCUGUGUGUACCGAUGUGUAGCCUGAGAGGAAGGAUGGCACCCUUCCCUGGCCGGCCUGGUAGGUGAAUUUAAGCAACAAUAUUGGAGGAGCGUGAAUGAAUGAAUGGGAUAAAUGCAUGAGUUGCUCUUCAUCUGCAUUAGUGUUUCGGAAAUAUCGGCAUCACUCAACUUUGGGUUUUUAUUUGCUGAGAGACAAUUUUGAUCUAUUUUAUUAGCUUUUUCUCUUCCAUGGAUAUUGUACUGAUGUUAGCGCAUGUAUUCGGUGCAUUUGUGGAACUAGGAUAUGUGAACCAUGAUUUUUUUUUGUAUGCGCUAACAGAACGUUCAUGUGAGCACUGUGUGUGUGUGUGUGUGUGUGUGGGUGUGGGUGUGUUGUUCCCCCACCCUCUUGUCUGUGGAGCUACCCGGUUUAUCAGCACAUGUUUACAGAACUACAGGAGCAUGCCAGAGCUAGAUUUAUGAAAAAUAAUAGAUACCAAGAUUAGAUGUAACUUCUCAUCAGUCUAACAGUUGUUGGUCUGUGUGUCUGCUUUAGAGCAAUGUACAGAUGUGUGUUUGCGUGUGCGUGAGUGUGAGUGUGAGUGCACAUCGUUGUGCAGAAGUGUGUGUCCAUGGCUGCCUGACACAUUAAACCAUGUAUGUUUGUGACUUGUGUUACUCCCCCUUUUUCCCCCACCUGUAAGGAUGUGUUUUUCAUUUAAAAAACAACUGUAUGUAUCCGUUUGAGUUUUUUCCUUUAUGAUUCUUAGUUAUAUGCAAAUUUGUACAAAAAAGAAAAAAACAACAAACUGUGUUGUUAUUUAUGUAUUACAUAUAAUCUUGCUAUCCAGCAUUACGACAGAAUAGUAUCAUGUAAAUAAAACUGUACAGAGAGACAUUA